CCGACGCGGACGACGUCGUGAGACGCCGCCGCAUAGCUGGGGCGGUCCACGGGAAGGUUGCAGCCGCGUUCCGAGCUCGGUCGGCCCGCCGACUAGCGGCGGCGGCCUCGCCCAGCCCGGGCCCAUCCCACCCUCAGAGCCAAUCCUUUUCCCGAAGUUACGGAUCCAAUUUGCCGACUUCCCUUACCUACAUUGUUCGACUAGAGGCUGUGCACCUCGGAGACCUGCUGCGGAUAUGGGUACGGCCUGGCACGAAAUUCACACCGUCUCCGUGGGGUUUUCAAGGGCCGACGGAAGCGCACCGGACACCGCAAGAGCCGCGGUGCUUUACGGAGCCGCGGUCCCUAUCUCCGGGCAAGCCGAUUCCGGGGAUGUGGCUCCUUACAAAGAAAAGAGAACUCUUCCCGGGGCUUCCGCCGACGUCCCCCACUUCGUUUGCGUUACCGCACGUGGCCCCUGAGGACCAAUCUCCGUGUCCAGGUUCGGGAAUAUUAACCCGAUUCCCUUUCGAUAGGCUGCUGGCAGACUCUGAAAACGAGCGUUAA